AUGGCGAACCUUGUUGUUUUGGCUUUUGCCGCUGUGCUUUUGUUUCUUUUCUUUCGAAUCUUAAAUCUGAUAGACUCUCCUCGUGUACCCAAACUUUUCGCUCCUAAAAGUGCAUUUAUAAAUGAAGUUUUGCUGUCAUGUCCGAUCCUCUUUGAAAGGUAAGGUAAAAUGCUUACAAAAGCGAUCGCAAUAUUGCAGUAAGCUUGAGCUCACUAUCAAUUUUUAUUUAUUAAAUUUCAGUGAAAUAAGCUUAAUAGUUAUAGCGAGUUAAGUUAUUAUCAAUCGCAAAGCAAAAUUGUUUUUGGAAAACUGGAAUAUAUUUAAGACGAUUAAGACACCUUGUCAUACCUUGAGCCCUUCAAGACCCCGGGGUCUUAGAGGGUGGGGGUUGGUACUACGACUCAGGUAACCAGGCAGUAAGUAAAAGAAACCUUCGCCCUAAUCUAUAACAUAAAAGUGUUCUUUCUGGAUAAUGUGUUUAUACGAGUUCUCAUUUAUUUUGAAAAAUGAAAUUUUGUUUGGGCCACUUUUGUCAGUGAAAGUGUGAGAUCAGAUAAUAAAUUAUGUUUGUGCUGAAAUUUUUCCAGAUAUCAACCACCUCUUCUCUGGGGUAAAAAUGGACACUUGCAGACCCUUAUAUCAGCAUUGUUUGGUCGCAAAUCAUGUCCGAUACUGACUGGAACUUUACACCGAACACAACUGGCAGAUAGAACCAUUGUUACCUAUGAGAUUUUUGAACCUGACAUGAGUCCAUCAUCAGUCAGCAAUGUGGUCUGUGUCUUACUUCAUGUGUUGUUUUUAUAAUUAAAAAUGGACUUAACUUUAACUUUACAAAGGAAGCUAGUGAUAAAAAUCCCUAGAUUUUCAAAGUUUAUCUCUGUUAUUGUUAAAGAAAUAUAUAAUACUUGGGAGACACAAAGCUGUGACCUUAUUCAAGUCACCCGCCAUCUUUGCACGCGCUCUAGGAUCGAUGGAAUAAAAGCAAUGUCACGUAGUAUUUCAGGGGGCAAACAAGUGAUAAAAUUUACCAAUACGAGUAAUUGCAUUCAAGUUUGUUUACUCUAUCAAAACAAGACAACAAUUUCACUGUCAUGCAAAAUGUACAUAUCAAGUUUUGGCAAGAAUUAUAUCCUUACCGUCUACCAUGAGGACAUCUACAGUCGCUACUGCAUACAAAAAAGUAGCAAUGAUCACUUCCACCCAUAUUUUGACUUUAUCGUCUUUGAGAUGACAAGGUGUUCAUUUCCUGUUGUCUAGGAUAAACAAACUCAACCAUGAUUUCUUGCAUUGGCAAUUUUUUUAUUUGUGUGCCUCCUGAGAAACCAUGUGCCAUUGCUUUUAUCCCAUCAGUCCUUAAGUGCAUGCAAAGAUGGCGGGUAUCAUGAAUAAGGUCUAUUCAUUCCACCAUAUGCACUACAGUAUGUCCCAUGGUAAGUAAAAGCAAGUUAAGGAGGGUUUUCACUAGUAACACUGUCAGAGUUAGGGUUGUAAUCAAAUUUAUUGAUUAUUCCACUAGGACUAUGUCACUUACCAUCAAGGAAAAAAAACUAGGUUGUCGGAGUAGAAAACAGAAGGAGAAUAAGUAAGCCAAUCCAGUGCGGGAACAUGCCUUGUGACUGGUUUAAUUGGUGAAAUUGAGCCUUGAUUAAAAUGGGAAAAAAAAUCAUGGCAAUUAUGUCUUUAUACAGGAGGAACAGCUUACUAUUGUAGUAGUGCCUGGGAUUGCUAACUGCACUGAGACGAAAUAUGUCCGUACUUUUACUGGCUAUGCUAUGCAACAUGGUUUUAAAGUAGCAGUCUUGAAUCAUCUUGGAGCCAAGAAGAAGGAAAGUUUGUCAACACCCAGGAUUUUCACUUAUGGUAAUUGAAAGGCAUUUAUGCUUUACUUUGCUCUUCUUCUUAUAACCCUUUCACCUGCAGAGUAAGUCAUCAAUAGAGUCCUAAAAGGUGGCUCUAUAACAGAAAUAUCCACUGUAUAUAGUCGUGACCAUUCAAAUGAAAGCUCUUUGGCAGUCCUUUAAAAUGUACUCUUUAUUUUCAAGAAUUAAAAAACAUGCAUGGCUUAAUUUUUACUAAUGUAUACAAAAGUGUAUAGAUUGUAUCUCCCAUAUCUCAAAUCCUCAGUCUUGAUUAAGAGUUAUUGCUAAGUUUCAUUAUGUAUGAAGAGUGUAUUCCUUCUGAUCCUUCCCAUCUCAGCCCUCACCCCACCCCUCUCAUCCACUUACCCCACCCUUCUUACCUGACCAUUCUACAGCACCCUCUAAUCUGAUUAUAAGUAGUACCCCACUCCACCCCCAUGCAACUUAAGUUAUCAUUACCCCACCCCUCUCAUCCACUUACCCCACCCUUCUUACCUGACCAUUCUACAGCACCCUCUAAUCCAAUUAUUAGUAUUACCCCACCCCACCCCUAUGCAACUAAAGUUAUCAAAAAUUAACGAGACUCUGUCCCUUCAGGUGGAACUGAAGAGCUUGCUGCUGUGGUGAACCAUCUUACUACUGUGCUCAAUCACAAACGACUCAUUGGUGUUGGAUUUUCCAUGGGUGCCAAUAUUCUUAUUAAAUACCUUGGUGAGGAGGCACCCAGGCAGGAGUGUUUUGAGUGUGGAAUCUCCGUUUGCCAAGGAUAUGACAUUUUAAGGUACCAGAUGGCAUUCUUCCUUACUGUACAGACUUUUUAUCAAAACUGUGUGAAGCCAAGAAUUAAUGUAUAUUAGUAUAGGUAAUAGCAUGAUUUGUAGUGAUAUUUGGCAUAAAUACCACGAGUGAUAUUUCGAAAUUGUUAUACGUAAUUUCACGAGCCGUUAGGCGAGUGAAAUUUGAGACUAUGCUAUUAUUUGUUUAUACUACUACCCACAAAAGGUUUGUAAUUUUCACAUGUAGGUAUUUCAAAUUAAGCUGAAAUACCACUGCUCUAAGCCAAUCAAAUUGCAGAAAUUUCUGAUGUAGUAGUAUAAACAGAUUUAUUAUAAUAGAUAAGUAAGUUACUUAAGGAUAUCAUUAUAAGGUAGAGAAACAACAGUUUAUGAAGUCGGUACAAGGUUGCUCCAUGGUUGAUAAGUGGUGACAAAACUUGCAUGUGGCUCAUUACCCCUUUAUUCUCCUAAUUACAUAAAUUUUGAUGCCAUCCUCUUAUAUUUAUAACUGAGCAGUAGCACGGUAAAAGUAAAUCCAUUUGCUACUUAACUACAGUCAAACCUCUUCUUAUGGACACAUGAGUCUAUAAUACAGGGAGACACCUCUCUAUCAUGGACAGUUCUCACUUGGUCCUAAAGAUGCCAAACUUUAUACAAUCCCUACUUCUAUAAUGCAGACACCUCAAUGAUAUGGACACAUGGGUGUGUCUCCAAUUCCAUAAAACAGACACCUCCCUAUGUGGACAGUUUUUUGGUCCCAAAGAUACAUGUAAUUCUUGCCUCUAUAAUGCUGACACCAUUGGGAUGUAGACACUUGGGCAUGGCUCCCCGUUUAUAAUACAGGCCCCACCCAGACAGUUCUUUUCAUCCCAAAGAUACCGAACUUCAUACAGUCGCUACUUCUAUAAUACAGACAUUUCAGUCUGUGAUGUGGACACUUAGGUGUAUCUCCCCUUCCAUGAUACAAACACCUCCCAAGCACAGCUCUUUGCAGGGGCACCCAACGAGAAUAUAGUUUAAAACCCCUUAAAAUGGCAUUGUUAAAUGUAUUUUAGUAUUUAAACGGUAGAUAUAGGCAUAUUUUUAACCCCUAAAAAUUUUUCAUCAGUUCGGAUUUCCUAGCUGAAAGUCUAAGUCAUCCGAAGAUUAUAGGGAUUAAAACUUACCUUUUCGAACAUUUCAGCUAGAAAAAAGGCUCCCGAAUAUUCUAGGUGACAUUUUUAGGGUAAAUAUCCGUUAAAAAAUAGGUAAUUAUACCAUUUUUUAGAUAUUCGAAAAUCCUAGGAGAGGCAGCAAGCAAGAAAUUUUACAACAAAUGUUCCGAAAAUUCUAGAUCUUAAAUCGUCUUCCGAACAGAUAUUUUCCGAAAGUUGACGUUGGGUGCCCCUGUCUUUGGUCCCAAUACAGUCAAACCUCUUUAAUACGGACACCAAAGGGACAGAACCAAGUGUCCGCUUUACAGAGGUGUCCGUAUUAUAGAGGUAGGGAAUGUAUGAGUUUUGGCAUUUCUGGGACCAAACGAACUGUCCUUAAUAGAGAGGUGUCCGUAAGGAGAGAUUAGACUGUAGUACUAAACCUCAUACAAUCCCUACCUCUACUACACAGACAUCUCUGUAAAGUGAACUCUUGGAUCUGUUUUUUUAGUUUUCAUGUGAAGGAGGUUUCACUUCAUUUGUUUGUUUGUUCGUUUGUUUGUUUUUUCGUUCAGGGCAAAGAGUCUUCUUCAGGACUGGGGUGGGCUUCGCCGAUUUUACAACUGGGGCAUCACACAGACUAUGAAGAAAGUUAUUGAUCGGCACGUGAAGGUGUUGUUCCAUGGCCCUAACUUCACUUCCCCUAAGCACAAGUCAUCCAUUCAUCAUGUGCGAUCAUCGUCUUCCCUAGAUGAACUUGAUGAUGUCUUUAUUAAGUACGUGGUUUGCUUGCUUUUUUUUUCUUGAAAAAUCAACAAAUCAGAAAACUACCAGAACUAGCUUAGAAAGAUCAUUUUGAAAUCUUCCAGAGGAAUCUGAAUAUAAACGUUGCCAUUAUGUGGUGAACCUAGGCGGUCGAAAAAGAAUCUGUAUGUAAUUCAGGAUUGACCGGGGUUUGAACUCCGACCUUUGCGAUGAUCUAAUAAUGACGUCCUUUGUUUACCCUCGGAAGUCUUUGAAGCACUGAUGCUAGUGGGGCCCAGAAAAUGCCUGAAACAAGUUAUUUAAAUCAAACUUAACAAAGUUCAGAAUACCACCUGGCCGGGUGCAAAGCACUUGGCUAUUUAAAAGCGUCGACGAGGAUUUGAAAUCCGGACUACUGAGAACAAAUCCAGCUAGCGGUCAGGUCCGGACUUGAACUCGGGGCCUUAACCCUUUAAGCCCUAAGAGUGAUCAGCAUCAAAUUUCUCCCUGUCAUAUCAAUGCUUUGUAAAACAGAGUGGUCAUGAGAAUUACGGACAUGAUCACUCAAGAUGAAUUUGCCUGAUAUUUUAUCAACUUCUUCCCACUACUUCUUUAAGAAAUUAAUAGAGGCAACAAAUGAGAAUUCAAAUUUUGAUCUUAGGGUUUAAAGGGUUAAAUUACAAGUCUAGCGCUGUAACCCGCUCAGCCACGCUGCCUCCCUGAUCUCAUUGGAGAAAAGGAAAAAAACUGUGAGUUCGUAAUAAACCCAAUGACAGAACGUUUAAGUUUCUUUCAAAAAAGAAAAUUGAAUAUGCGAAUGUAAGAGCUUAGUAACCCUCCCUUCUUCUGAAGCUCCAUGAGACCGGACUCAGAGGAGUAUCCGCGGAAAAAGGAGAUUUUAGGAAAAAAUGAAGAAGAUUUUAGAAAAUAAUGCCUCACGUAGUGGUACUUCUACGUCUACGGCCACUUCUUAGUAGAUUCUCAACGCCAACGCGCUUUGCAGAGAAGGUAGCAGGCUUCAGGCGUUCAGAUGGUAGGGAGUGGCGCGAAAUGAGGAUUGGAGCGAAAAAAUGAAAAUGUGGAAAGAGUGAAAGAAGAGUGAGAGAACCCUUCCUCGCCGAUGUCCCCAGUCCCCUCUCUAUUUUCCCUCGAAUUCUCUACUUCGCGCCACUUUUAGCGUGCUAGCAAGCUCUCUAUGGCACCACGCCGCUUUCUUCUCUUUGAGCGCCUGAAACAGGCUACGUAGAAGCAAGCCUUCAGGCCUCAUCUCAUAGAUCAGUUAUUUUGUUAAAGCAAACAUUGUUCUAAUCCAGUUGCUUUUAUUAUGACCCAGAAAAAUGGCAGGAUUUAACCAUUUGGACGAGUUUUAUGCAGUGAACAGUUCAUGCAACUAUAUCAACCAGGUAACGUCUUGUGCAUUUGCAAGCUGACCUAACUUCUACUGUGUGAGCAUGGGAUUCCGCCUAACUUUUAUUCUAACAUAUCCAAGACAGUCUUGGAUCCUGGAUUCCAGUAUUUGUUGCUGGAACUUGAAUUCUGGACUCCAAUCUCAAUCGUUAGUAGGAUUCCGGAUUCCUUGAGCUGUAUUCCGGAUUCCAAAGCCCAGGAUCCCUGAUUCCCCAAGCAAAAUUUUCCCGGAUUCUGGAAUCCGGAUUGCCUUACAUGGGGCGAAACUCUUGAUGGUUACAGUUGUUUUCUUGGUGACCGGUCGUUUCGCCUAUGACUCGUUUCGCUGACGUCCCGUUCGCUAACGUCUAAUGUCGUUCCGCUAAGAAGCGAAACGAGCGCUGCGCCUGUGUAUGCUUCGUUCUCUCAGCCCUGAUCAGGUGAUGGCAGUUAGGGAACUGACCCAACACGUACGCGAAACGACUUCAGAAGUUAGCGAACAGGAUGUUGGCGAAACGACCGUAAACCGUCUUCUUUAUCGACCUCAUUGAUUCAUUUCUCGGCAGAUAAAGAUUCCAGUGCUUUUGUUAAAUGCCUUGGAUGAUCCUUUGGUACCAGAAGAACUAUUUGUUACUCCACAUAAUCACGUCAGUAAGUAUCGUUAAGUAGGAGACAAGGUAGAGGUCUCAGUGAUGUUCAUACUCGUAUCAAAAGUGAUCAACAGAAAGUUAAUUUACAAUAUGUAAAUAUGCGGCCAAGUGUAAUGCCCGGUGUAUACAUUCUCAUCCACUGUAACUGUUUAUAAUGACUGACUGCCGGACUGACUGUCUGACUGACUAACAGUCCGAUUGACCGACUGACUGACUGACUGACUGACUGACUGACUGACUGAAUAAAUGACUGAAGCGCUGUUAGGUAAGCUUACGUCUCCGUUGGUCAAAUGUGCUCUGACCAGAUGGUGCCUUAAAUGCGGAGAAAGUAUUGCCCCUAUCGGUAAAACUCAUUAUUUUAUAAGUGAAAAUAGUGUAUUCUUAGUCCCAGUUGAAACGUCGAACUUUUCAUGUGCCGAACCUAAUUCCUUCAAUUAAGUACAUGAAGAGAUCGACGUUUGAAUCAAUUAAGUCCGACAUGUCUAAUUUGCGUCGACCAUGAAUUAAGAUCGAGUGGCCCACAAGGGAAUUUCGACUGUGGAACGACUUCGUUUCAAACGUCGAACUUCUCUUGUGCCGAACCUAAUGCAUAAAUUACUAAAAUUUGUUUUCACUUGUAAGCAUUUUAGACCAUUGAACAUCGUGAAAAUGAAUUGAGUCCGACUAAUUAAGUUCGACGUCUGAAUCAACCGUCGAACUUGUGUCAUUUGGGUCGACCUAAUAGGCCAUUUCCGAGUUCCAAAAAAUCUCACUUUCAAAGCGAGGCUAAGUGCGAAACCUUUGUUGUGAAAAUGAGUUUUAAUUAUAAUGCAAAUAAAACUCAUUUUCACAACGAAGAUUUCGCACGUAGCCUCGUUUUGAAAGUGAGAUUUUUUGGAACUCGGAAAUGCCUAUGGCCUAUUCGAUAUUAAGUUCGGUACAUGAAAAGAUCGAUGUUUGAACUGGGCCUUAAAGCUUUCGCUGGGGUAAAAUCUGUUCUUCACGUUUGUAUUUUUUUUAGAAUGCAAUGAAUCAGCGCUGUUCGUCGUGACCUAUCAUGGCGGCCAUCUUGGAUUUUACGAGGGAGGGGUUCUUGACGUUUCACCGCUCAGUUGGAUGGAUAAAGCUUUAAUUCAAUACAUCAAGGCGGUAAUGAAAGUAAAACGAUCCAGCAAAGACUCCUCUUCAUCCAGCGAAAGAAAUGAUUGUGUAAUUGCUUCCUGA